AUGGUCCGAGCCUCAGACAACCUCGUUAUGGAUCAUCUGGGUCCACGAUGGUCCGAGCCACAGACAGCCUCGUUAUGGAUCAUCUGGAUACUGGAUGGUCCGAGCCACAGACGGCCUCGUUAUGGAUCAUCUGGGUCCACGAUGGUCCGAGCCACAGACAGCCUCGUUAUGGAUCAUCUGGAUACUGGAUGGUCCGAGCCACAGACGGCCUCGUUAUGGAUCAUCUGGGUCCACGAUGGUCCGAGCCACAGACGGCCUCGUUAUGGAUCAUCUGGAUACUGGAUGGUCCGAGCCACAGACGGCCUCGUUAUGGAUCAUCUGGGUCCACGAUGGUCCGAGCCACAGACGGCCUCGUUAUGGAUCAUAUGGGUCCACGAUGGUCCUAGCCACAGACAGCCUCGUUAUGGAUCAUCUGGGUCCUGGAUGGUCCGAGCCACAGACGGCCUCGUUAUGGAUCAUCUGGGUCCACGAUGGUCCGAGCCACAGACGGCCUCGUUAUGGAUCAUCUGGGUCCACGAUGGUCCAAGCCACAGACGGCCUCGUUAUGGAUCAUCUGGAUCCUGGAUGGUCCGAGCCACAGACGGCCUCGUUAUGGAUCAUAUGGGUCCACGAUGGUCCAAGCCACAGACAGCCUCGUUAUGGAUCAUCUGGGUCCUGGAUGGUCCGAGCCACAGACGGCCUCGUUAUGGAUCAUCUGGGUCCACGAUGGUCCGAGCCACAGACGGCCUCGUUAUGGAUCAUCUGGGUCCACGAUGGUCCAAGCCACAGACGGCCUCGUUAUGGAUCAUCUGGGUCCUGGAUGGUCCGAGCCACAGACGGCCUCGUUAUGGAUCAUCUGGGUCCACGAUGGUCCAAGCCACAGACGGCCUCGUUAUGGAUCAUCUGGGUCCACGAUGGUCCAAGUUACAGACGGCCUCGUUAUGGAUCAUCUGGAUCCUGGAUGGUCCGAGCCACAGACGGCCUCGUUAUGGAUCAUCUGGGUCCACGAUGGUCCAAGCCACAGACGGCCUCGUUAUGGAUCAUCUGGGUCCACGAUGGUCCAAGCCACAGACGGCCUCGUUAUGGAUCAUCUGGAUCCUCCUCCAGUCGCCCAAAACAAGUUCAGCUAAAGACACAGUUACUGACUUUCUGAAGGACCAUAGUCAUGUUUACUGGUUUGUGUGUGAGGCUCAGGACCAUGGUCAUGUUUACUGGUUUGUGUGUGAGGCUCAGGACCAUGGUCAUGUUUACUGGUGUGUGUGA